AGAAAAUUUCAUUCCAACCGUUUGAACUUCGCUUAAGAACUCCAGAGACGAGAAACCUUUUUUUUCUCGAGAAAAUUUAGAGAAAAAAGUAUUUCGACAUUUUCUCAGAGAAUUUUGCCACCAGCGAAAAUCGUCUCACCAUGAAAGCACUCAAUACGCCGUGGUUGUGUUUGUUAAUUCUGUUACUCUUCGUUCGAUUGGGAGCUUCCGAUGGACAUCGCAAGACGAACGAGGCAUACGCUACUCUGUUGUACGGUGACGAAUUUUUGCUUGGCGUUCGAGUUCUCGGGAAAUCGAUUCGUGACACGGGAUCCAAGAAGGACAUGGUUGUUUUGGUCUCCGAUGGAGUCUCUGAUUAUGCUUGCAACCUCCUCCAGGCUGAUGGGUGGAUAGUUGAGAAGAUUAGUUUACUAUCAAAUCCAAAUAAAAUACGUCCAUCGAGAUUUUGGGGUGUAUAUACAAAGCUAAAAAUAUUUAACAUGACUGACUACAAGAAAGUUGUAUAUCUUGAUGCGGACACAAUUGUGGUUAAAAAUAUUGAAGAACUUUUCAAAUGUGCAAGAUUUUGUGGUAACUUGAAGCAUUCUGAGAGGAUGAAUUCAGGUGUCAUGGUGGUAGAACCAUCUAUCUCACUCUUUAAUGACAUGAUGAACAAAGUGAAUACUCUGCCAUCUUAUACUGGAGGAGAUCAGGGAUUUCUCAAUUCGUAUUACUCGGAAUUUCCUAAUGCACAUGUUUUUGAGCCAAAUAUGCCUUCAGAGUCAUUGAAUAAUAGAAAAGUUCCUGAAAUGGAGCGACUUUCCACUGUUUAUAAUGCAGACGUAGGUCUUUACAUGUUGGCUAAUAAGGUACUAGAAUAUAGCCAUCUUAUUACAGUCAAAUAUAUUCAGUGGAUGGUAGAUGAGAAUGAACUCCGGGUGAUUCACUAUACACUCGGCCCUAUCAAGCCUUGGGAUUGGUGGGCAUCUUGGCUUGUGAAACCUGUUGAUGUGUGGCAGAACAUAAGGGAAAAGCUUGAGGAAUCCCUUCCUGGAACUAGAGGGGGCCAAAAUCCUAAAGAUAGUCUUAUUGUGAAGUUUCUUUUUCUAUUUCCAAUAUGUGUUGUACUCUUUUGCUGCUAUCGUUCAUAUCAGAAGAAUCCAUGUUGCUUUGGUUCCUUUUGUAGAACUUCACUAUUUGAUCAUGUCAGACACCAUUGUCAUAAAAUUAAAUCAGGUGGAUCAGUUGCAUAUAUUAGCAUUUCUACUUCAACCAUCAGUUCCACCCAUGAGUACAAAGUUCCUGCUUACUUGGGUGGCAUUUCAGUCUGUGUCUGCUUUAUGGCUACAGUGGUGUCUCUUGGACUAGCUUUCUUGUUAGUACCUCGACAAGUGACUCCAUGGACUGGUUUGCUUUUGAUGUACGAAUGGACAUUCACAAUCUUCAUUAUAUUAUUUGGAGGUUAUCUCCAUUUGAUUUCUAACUGGGGAAAGACCAUGGCAUCACGACUGCCUUCUUCGUCAUCUCAUGCCGAAGUUUCUGAUGGCGAUUUGGGAAAAGGCAAUCAGCGACAUAUGUCAUCGUGUGACGGUGCCACAUGGUUCUAUGGAUUAGGGAUGACCAUCUUGGCUAUUGCUGGUCCAUCGAUGCCUUUUCUUUUUGGGGUAACUGCUUUGUUUUUAAGGUUAGGUUUGAUUGUUGCCGGGGUAAUAAUAUUAGCAUCUUUCAUGACAUACGCUUCCGAACAUCUUGCUAUCAGAUCAUUUUUGAAGGGCAUUGAAGAAUAUGAUAUUGCAAAAAAUGUGCAUCCUUGAUCUGUAUUGUAAGGACUAGUGAAAUUGCCGUGGACAAUCGUUACUUUCGUUUGGACUCGGGACUGGCUAUGCAAAGAUUCGCGACAAAGUGCGAUAUUUAGCCGUAGAAAACACCCAGAUAAAAUUCAAGUCAGUUUUGGAAAAGUCCCAUGACAAUUGGUUCAUGUAACUUAAUUAUGCUCAAGCUUGGUGGAUGUUUAGAUUUUGUUGUAAAGUACACGUAGUGUUUACUCUAGUGGCAAGUGUAAUUAAAAUAUUUUUGUUAUUCUUCCCAGUUUCCAUUGUAACAUCAUUAAUAUUCUUUGAUUACAAUUGAGUUUCAAAUCCGCUAUAAGUUGUAGGUGUCAACCAAAAAUAAAAUG